GGAUGGGAAUGUAUCCCAGCAUGCUUGACAGUCAGCGACAUGAACAGGGAAGGAUGAUGAAGCUAAGAUGGCAGCGCUACUAGGGGUGCUGUCUUUACAGGGUCAAGAAAAACAGCAGGAAUAAACGCAAGGCACAGACGUCAGCUCGCGCUUUUGACUGAUUUCACUAAAGGCAGCCGGAUCGCCUGCAAUCGAGGAAAUAACGGUUGUUUUUUGAUCCGAGCGAAGGAAAGAAGGGACGCGUAUUUUGCAGUCGCAGCAGAGCGGCUAACCGUAAACGUCGUUUUAAUUGGAGAUAACGUACUCGGAUGUAAUUCGCCGGGCGUUUUUGCGGCUUUGCGGAGCGGAUUUAUGGGGGGUGCUCGGCACUUUUAGCACUGUUGACUGACAUUGUAAUCUAAUAUAUGCGUUGUUCCCCAAAACGAUGAUGUGUGCUGCUGCGGCAGCGGGUGCCGGUGGCAGCGGGAUUCCGUCCUCCUCAUCCCACUCCAUGGGGCUGGGUGUCAGGGUCGUUCCCGGAGCUGGAAACGAUUUCGCAUCGAUCGGAUCAGGGAUGGGCUCCUGUCCCGUUGUGGGGGCCCGCUCGGAUUGUCGGAGCCGCUACCAGCUUCUUCUCUCAGGGCGAGCACUGGCGGAGCGGUACCGGAGGAUUUACACCACCGCGAUCAACGACAAAGAGCAGGGGCUCAACCUCGGCAGGGGAAAGAAAGCUUUGAGCAAGAAGAAGCUAAAAAGGCGGCAAAAAGUCAAAUCAAAAGUGAAAACAAGAACAAAGACAGAGACUCUGGAUGGGGCCUUUCCAGUGCCUGACAUCAAACUCCACAGCAACCCAUCUGCGUUCAACGUCUACUGCAAUGUACGGCACUGCGUGCUGGACUGGCAGCAGAAGGAGGCCGCGUUGGCCCUGGCCUCCCGCAAUUCCGUGCAGAGCGGCGACUCAGACAGUGAGGAGGAGGAGGAGUACCGCGAACCCGCCGUCAAACUGCCCAAGAUCAUUGGUAUUGGGCUGUGUGGAGUGUUUGAGCUCAUCAAAGAGACUCGUUUCUCACACCCGUCACUGUGCUUACGGAGCCUUCAGGCCCUUUUAGACAUGCUCCAGGGACAACAGCCGGAGAGCUUUCAGACUGAACCUCCAGAUGUGCUGGAGUCUCUCUUUCAUCUUCUGCUGGAGACCACCGUGCGGAGCACAGGGAUGAACGACCCCACCGGUCAGACCCUCACAGCAUUGUCCUGUGCCUGCCUCUUCAGCCUGGUGGUGGCCUGGGGAGACACUGGCAAAAUCCUCCAGGCUGUGUCUGCCAUCCUCACCAACAAUGGCAGUCAUGCAUGCCAGACCAUCCAGGUUCCAACAAUCCUGAACGCCCUUCAGAGGAGUGUGCAGGCAGUGCUGGUGGGAAAGAUCCAGAUCCAGGACUGGUUUGGGAACGGCAUCAAGCGAGCCGCUCUGAUGAACAAAUGGGUUUUGAAGGAGGUGAACAUUGAUGAAGAUGAACGCUGUCUUCUUCAAACUGAUGGUUCCUUCCUGUACCUGCUCUGUAAAGAUGGCCUCUACAAAGUGGGCUCGGGGUACAGCGGCACCGUGCGGGGCCAUGUGUACAACUCCACAUCACGUAUCAGGAACCGUAAGGAGAAGAGUUCAUGGCUGGGAUUCGCCCAGGGUUGUUUGCUGUAUCGAGACAUGAACAGUCACAGCAUGGCGGCCAUUAAGAUCAACCCAGAGACUCUGGAGCAGGAGGGCACCAUCACAAUGCCGGGUCUACAAGCAGAUGGUCAGAACAUAAUUUUCACUGAUGGAGAAUAUAUCAACCAGAUUGCAGCCUGCAAAGAUGAUGGCUUUGUGGUGCGGAUCUACGCCACCAGCUCAGACCCGGCCCUACAGCAGGAACUGCAGCUCAAACUGGCCAGGAAGUGUCUUCAUGCCUGUGGCAUCUCCCUCUUUGACCUGGAGAAAGACCUUCAUAUCAUCAGUGACGGGUUUGAUGAGGAAGCAGCCCUGAUUGGAGCUGGCAGAGAGUUUGCUUUGAUGAAAACGGCAUCUGGGAAGAUCUACUAUACUGGAAAGUAUCAGAGCCUCGGUAUCAAGCAGGGCGGCCCGUCGGCUGGGAAGUGGGUGGAGCUGCCAAUAACGAAGUCGCCCAAGAUUGUGCAGUUCUCAGUGGGCCAUGACGGCUCCCACGCCCUGCUGGUGGCGGAGGAUGGGAGUGUCUUCUUCACGGGCUCCGCCAGCAAAGGGGAGGACGGAGAGUCAACAAAGAGCAGGAGACAACCAAAGCCCUACAAACCCAAGAAGAUGAUCAAACUCGAGACCAAGAUGGCCAUCUACACGGCCUGCAACAAUGGCAGUAGCAGCAUUGUCACUAAAGAUGGAGAGCUCUACAUGUUUGGCAAGGAUGCCAUUUACAGCGACAGUACCAGUCAGGUGGCAGAUCUGAAGGGACACUUUGUAACUCAGGUAGCCAUGGGAAAAGCUCACACCUGUGUCCUGACCAAGAGCGGAGAGGUGUGGACAUUUGGAGUGAACAACAAGGGCCAGUGUGGCCGAGACACUGGAGCUAUGAGCCAGGCAGGGAAGGCGUUUGGAGUGGAGAACAUGGCCACCGCAAUGGACGAGGACUUGGAGGACGAGCUGGAUGAGAAGGAGGAGAAAUCUAUGAUGUGUCAGCCAGGCAUGCACAAGUGGAAGCUGGACCAGUGUAUGGUGUGCACCGUGUGUGGAGACUGCACCGGGUACGGAGCCAGCUGUGUGAGCAGCGGCCGACCUGACAGAGUGCCAGGAGGGAUUUGUGGCUGCGGCUCUGGUGAGUCGGGCUGUUCGUCAUGUGGCUGCUGUAAGGCUUGUGCCAGAGAGCUGGAUGGUCAGGAGGCCAGACAGAGAGGAAUCUUUGAUGCUGUAAAGGAAAUGAUACCGCUGGACCUGCUGUUAGCUGUGCCUGUCCCUCCUCCCCCAGGCGUCAAUAUAGAGGAGCACACCCAGAUUCGACAGGAGGAGAAAAGACAGCGCAUCAACCGCCGGCACCGGCUGGAAGAGGGCCGAGGCCCCCUUGUUUUCCCUGGUCCCCUUUUUAUGAACCAGCGUGAGCAGGUGCUAGCCAGACUAAGACCCCUUCAGGCCUUUAAGCUAAUGCGGGAGAGACUCAAAGAUGGCAGCAGUGAACGCGGGGACAAAGAUGCCAGUAAGAUCACUACAUAUCCUCCCGGGGCCGUACGCUUCGACUGUGAGCUGCGAGCCGUGCAGGUCAGCUGCGGUUUCCACCACUCCGUGGUGUUAAUGGAGAAUGGAGAUGUUUACACCUUUGGGUAUGGACAGCAUGGACAACUUGGACAUGGAGAUGUUAAUUCUAGGGGGUCUCCCACUCUGGUGCAAGCUCUGCCCGGCCCCAGUACUCAGGUGACGGCAGGCAGUAACCACACUGCAGUGCUUCUCAUGGAUGGACAGGUCUUCACCUUUGGGAGUUUCUCAAAAGGGCAGUUAGGACGGCCCAUCCUAGACAUGCCCUACUGGAACGCCAAGCCCUCUCAGAUGCCCAACAUUGGCGCCAAGUACGGUCGAAAAGCCACGUGGAUCGGGGCCAGCGGUGAUCAAACCUUCCUUAGAAUCGAUGAGGCACUAAUCAACUCCCACAUCCUGGCCACCUCUGAGAUUUUCGCCAGCAAACACAUCAUCGGUUUGGUUCCAACAUCGGUAUCUGAGCCUCCUCCCUUCAAAUGCCUACUGAUCAACAAACUGGACGGGAGCUGCCGCACCUUCAAUGACUCAGAGCAGGAGGAUCUCCAGGGUUUCGGCCUCUGUUUGGACCCUGUCUAUGAUGUCAUCUGGAGGUUCCUACCUGCCACGCGUGAGAUGUGCUGCUAUAACGCGGUGAUAGCAGAUGCCCGUGUGCCCACUGCCUCGGACAUCCAGGCCCUCUGCAGCAUCCUGAGUCCUGAGCUGGCUCUGCCCUCGGGCUCCCACGCCACCACCACCCGUUCCCACGGAGCGCUGCACAUCCUGGGUUGUCUCGACACACUGGCUGUGAUGCAGGAGCUGAAGAUGGGCGUGGCCAGUGCUGAGGAAGAGACUCAGGCUGUGAUGAAGGUCUACUCUAAAGAGGACUACAGCGUGGUCAACCGCUUUGAGAGUCACGGAGGAGGCUGGGGUUACUCUGCCCACUCGGUGGAGGCCAUCCGCUUCUGCGCCGAUGCUGACAUCUUGUUAGGAGGAUUGGGUCUUUUUGGUGGCCGAGGGGAGUACACUGCAAAAAUCAAGCUGUUUGAGCUGGGGCCAGAUGGAGGAGACCAUGAGACUGAUGGAGACCUGCUGGCCGAGACAGAUGUUCUAGCAUAUGACUGUGCUGCUCGGGAGAAGUAUGCUAUGAUGUUCGAUGAGCCUGUGCUGCUGCAGUUGGGCUGGUGGUAUGUGGCGUGGGCUCGUGUGUCUGGACCCAGCAGUGACUGUGGCUCCCACGGCCAGGCCACCAUCACCACUGAUGACGGUGUGGUCUUUCAGUUCAAGAGCUCGAAGAAAUCAAACAACGGUACUGAUGUGAACGCUGGACAAAUACCUCAGCUGCUGUACAGGUUGCCCUCUAAUGAUGGUAACGCAUCCAAAGGAAAGCAGCAGACCAGUGAGCCUGUGCACAUCCUCAAGCGUUCUUUCGCUAGGACCGUGUCUGUGGACUGUUUCGAGUCUCUGCUGAGUAUCCUGCACUGGAGCUGGACCACGCUGGUGUUGGGGGUGGAGGAGCUGAGGGGCCUCAAGGGCUUCCAGUUCACAGCCACCCUUCUGGACCUGGAGCGCCUGCGGUUUGUGGGCACCUGCUGCCUGCGGCUGUUGCGCGUCUACAUCUGCGAGAUUUUCCCCAUUUCUGCCAGUACCAAAGCGGUUGUGGAGGAGUCCAGCAAGCUGGCGGAGUGUGUGGGGAAGACACGUAGCCUCCUGAAGAAGAUCCUGUCAGAGGGGAUGGACAACUGCCUGACCAAGCUGGACAACGACCCGCAGGGGUAUCUGAGUCAACCCCUCACGCUGCUGGAGGCUGUGCUGCAAGAGUGCCACAACACCUUCACCGCCUGCUUCCACUCGUUCUACCCGACUCCGGCCCUGCAGUGGGCCUGCCUCUGCGACCUGCUCAACUGCCUGGACCAGGACAUUCAAGAGGCGAACUUCCGCACGUCGAGCAGCCGUCUGCUGGCCGCGGUGAUGUCAGCACUGUGUAACACGUCGGUCAAGCUGACCUCUGUCUUACCCAUCGCGUACGAUGGGGAGGUGUUGCUGCGCUCCCUCGUCAAGCAGGUCAGCACUGAGAACGACUCUGCCCUCGCUCACCGCUUCCCCCUGCUGGUGGCACACAUGGAGAAGCUCAGUCACACGGAAGAGAAUCUCAUGGGCAUGACGACUUUCCGGGAGGUUCUGGAGAAGAUGCUUGUCAUUGUGGUGCUUCCUGUGAGGAAGAGUCUGAGGAAGGAGGUUGAACUCUUUUCUCCUCAUCUGGUGUCCAACACCUGCGGCCUGCUGGCUAGUAUCGUCAGUGAGCUCACCGCCUCUGCUCUCGGCUCUGAGGUGGACGGGCUGAACUCCCUGCACUCUGUGAAGUCCACCCCCAACCGCUUCACCAAGACCAGCCAGGGACGCAGCUGGAACACGGGGAAUGGUUCCCCCGAUGCCAUCUGCUUCAUGAUGGACAAGCCAGGGGUGGUGCUGGUGGGUUUCUGUGUGUACGGAGGAGGAGGCAUCCAUGAGUACGAGCUGGAGGUGCUCGCUGAUGAUGCUCAGACGGAGCACCCUGGAGAUUCCACCCACUCCCACAGAUGGACAUCUCUAGAAUUGGUCAAAGGCACUUACAGCACUGAUGACUCCCCCAGUGACAUCGCUGAGAUCCGUCUGGACAAAGCUGUUCCUCUGAAGGAGAAUGUGAAAUAUGCUGUCCGCCUGCGGAACUAUGGCAGUCGGACAGCCAAUGGGGAUGGAGGCAUGACCACCGUACAGUGCUCUGAUGGAGUUACCUUCACCUUCAGCACCUGCAGCCUGAGCAGUAACGGCACCAACCAGACCAGAGGCCAAAUCCCCCAGAUUCUCUAUUACAGGAGUGAAUACGAUGGUGACCUGCAGUCACAGCUGUUAAGCAAAGCCAAUGAAGAGGACAAGAACUGCAGUCGUGCUCUUUCUGUAGUCAGUGUGGUGGUACGGGCGGCCAAAGACCUCCUCCACAGGGCCUUUGCUGUGGAUGUUGAAGACAUUCCUGAACUCCUGAGUUCCUCCAGUCUCUUCUCAAUGCUGCUUCCACUUAUUUUGGCAUACAUUGGUCCUGUGGCUGCCUCUGUCCCUAAGGCUGCAGUGGAGGUGUUUGGUUUGGUGCAGGAACUUCUUCCAGCUGUUUCUGCCCUGAACCAGAAAUAUGCCCCUCCCGCUUUCAAUCCCAACCAGUCCACAGACAGCACUACUGGGAACCAGCCGGAGCAGGGCCUAUCAGCUUGCACCACCUCAAAUCAUUAUGCUGUCAUAGAGAGUGAUCACCCCUACAAGCAGGCUGCUGUCACCCAAUACAAGGUUUCCUUCCCAGACUGUGUUCGCUGGAUGGCCAUUGAGUUUGAUCCUCAGUGUGGCACGGCACAGCCAGAAGAUGUCCUCCGUCUCCUGAUCCCCAGCCGAUCGAUGCACUUCUCUGGGCUCGGCUCCAAAUCUCUGGUUCACGAAACCAUCAACAGCUGGACCGAGCUCAAGAAGUUCUCUGGCUCCAGUGGCUGGCCCACCGCUGUCUUGGUGCUGCCAGGUAACGAAGCCCACUUCUCCUUGGAAACUGCAUCAGAUUAUGUGAAAGACGAGAAAGCCUGUUUCUAUGGAUUCAAAUGUGUAGCUGUUGGUUAUGAGUUUAACCCUGGUCUUGAUGAGGGAAUUAUUCAGCUGGAGAAGGAAUUGGCCUAUUUGGGAAGCGUGUGUGCAGCUGCACUCAUGAAAAAGGAUCUUGCCCUACCCAUAGGAAAUGAACUGGAGGAGGAUUUGGAGAUUUUAGAGGAGGCCUCACUCCAGGUUUGUAAAUCCCACUCAGGGCUCCUGGGGAAGGGACUGGCACUUUCUCACUCUCCCACAAUCCUAGAGGCGUUGGAGGGCAACCUGCCACUGCACCUGCAGACUAACGAACACUCCUUUCUAGAGGACUUCAUCACCUGUGUGCAGAACUCCAGCGGUGGGCGGCUCGCCAGGUGGCUUCAGCCAGACUCCUACGCAGACCCUCAGAAGACUUCGCUCAUACUCAACAAAGACGACAUUCGCUGUGGCUGGCCCACUACUGUUGUGGUGCAGACCAAAGACCAAUAUGGAGAUGUUGUGCAUGUGCCAAACAUGAAGGUUGAAGUCAAGGCUGUUCCUGUCUCUCAGAAGAAGUCCAUCCAGCAGGAGAACAUGAAGAGACUGCAGCGUUUGCCAGGCAGCUCCUCUAAUUCCACACCAGGCACUGAUCUCACCUACGGUGGCCACCCACCUCCCAAACUGGAAGCGACAUAUGAGCCCAUGAUCAUCAAAGAGGCCCGUUAUAUCGCCAUCACCAUGAUGAAGGCAUAUGAAAAUUACUCCUUUGAAGAGCUUCGCUUCGCCUCACCGACACCAAAGAGACCCAGUGAGAACAUGCUUAUCCGGGCAAACACAGAUGGCACCUACAGCGCUAACUGGACCCCUGGUGCCGUUGGGCUGUACACCAUUCAUGUGACCAUCGAUGGCAUUGAGAUUGAUGCUGGUCUGGAGGUCGAGGUCAAAGAUCCACCCAAAGGAAUGAUCCCUCCUGGCACACAGAUGGUCAAACCUAAAGCUGAACCUCAGCCUAGCAAGGUGCGCAAAUUUGUGGCCAAGGACAGCGCAGGGCUGCGCGUGCGUAGUCACCCCUCUCUGCAGAGCGAACAGAUAGGCAUAGUCCAAGUCAAUGGCACCAUCACAUUCAUUGACGAGAUCCACAAUGAUGAUGGUGUCUGGCUCAGACUGAAUGAUGAGACAGUAAAGAAGUAUGUUCCCAACAUGAAUGGGUACACUGAAGCCUGGUGCCUCUCUUUUAACCAGCAUCUGGGCAGAAGCCUCCUGGUCCCUGUCGACGAGGGCAGGUCAAAUUUGGACGAUUAUGGAAAGGAGACCAGUGGCCACCCUUCCCAUGAUGCCAAUGCACGUGACCUGGGCGCAGGCCAGGGUGGCGGACCGGGUCUUUAUAAGGUAGUGAAGACCGGACCUUCGGGUCACAACAUCAGAAGCUGCCCAAACCUUAGAGGUAUCCCCAUUGGAAUGUUAGUUCUGGGGAACAAAGUCAAGGCGGUAGGCGAGGUGAUUAACUCGGAGGGCACCUGGGUUCAGCUGGAUAAGAACAGUGUGGUGGAGUUCUGUGAGAGCGAUGAGGGGGAGGCCUGGUCUCUGGCCCGAGACAGAGGGGGAAACCAGUACUUGCGUCACGAGGAAGAGCAAGCGAUUUUGGAGCAUGGAGCCCAGACCCCUCCUCCCAGCCCGUUCUCAGUCCAGGCGUUUAACAGGGGCAUGGGCAGCUCGGGAGCUCAGGGCUUCGACUACGGCAUCAACAACAAAGGUGACAGGGAUAACAUGGCCAGUCGGUCUAUGUCUCCAGGCAGCAAGCAUCGUCAAGAGAGUCGAUCCUCCAAAACGGACAGUCACUCUAGCCGAUCUGUUGACCAGGUGAAGAGCAAGAACAAUGACAGUCUGUCUGCCAGCGAGGCCCUCAUUCUCAAAUCAGACACCGGCAAACUGCGGUCUGACUCUCACAGCCGCUCCCAUUCCCCUAACCACAACACGCUACAAGCCCUGAAAGCUGAUGGCCGAACCUCAGGCCUUAGGGCUGAGUCUCCGAACCCUGGCUCCCGUUCCUCCUCACCCAAACAGAAGACCUUCAGUUCGGGUAGAUCUAGCCCUUCCAGCAACGGUUCUCCACGUUCAUCCUCUCCUCACGAUAAGAACCUGCCCUCUAAAGUUAGUCCUUCUAAAGCUCACCUGGACCCUCCUCGUGAGAGAUCCAAAUCUGACUCCUAUACGUUAGACCCUGACACGCUCAGAAAGAAGAAGGUUCCCCUCAUGGAACCACUGAGGGGCAGGUCUACAUCUCCCAAGCCAAAAAUUUCGCCCAAAGAGAGCAAAGGAGGAAGCAGCAAUGCAGAGAACCGAGCCCCAUCUCCCCAUGUAGUUCAAGAGAACCUCCACAGUGAAGUGGUGGAGGUGUGUAGGUCCAGCACCUUGCUGUCCAAUGAUGAAGCCAAUGAUGAGAAUGCAGAGUUGCAAAAUGCUGAAGAGGGCUCUUCCAAGGUCCACUUUAGUAUUGGAAAAGCCCCGGUCAAGGAGGAACUUGAAAGUCGUUCUUCACCCAAAGUUAGCCGUAAAACCUCCAGCAGGCAUGUGAGACCCAAAAAAGACAAAUCUGGGCCACUCUUUAAGGGUGAAAACGUGCGUCCCACUGAACCCGCCAAGCAAGCCAUGUCGCCUUCUGUUGCAGAAUGUGCUCGUGCUGUUUUUGCUGCCUUCCUGUGGCAUGAGGGCAUAGUACAUGAUGCCAUGGCAUGCUCAUCCUUCCUGAAGUUCAACCCUGAGCUGACCAAAGAACAUGCACCCAUCCGUAAUUCUCUCAGCUGCCAGCAGGGUUUUGAAGAGAAGGAGAGCAAACUGAAGAACCGUCACUCUCUGGAGAUCUCCUCGGCCCUCAACAUGUUUAACAUAUCACCACAUGGCCCAGAUAUUUCCAAGAUGGGUAGCAUCAACAAGAACAAGGUUCUGUCCAUGCUGAAAGAGCCACCCCUGCCCGAGAAGUGCGAGGAUGGAAAAAGUGAGGCGGUCUCCUAUGAGAUGACCAGCCACUCCUCCAUGAGGUCUAAGUCCAUCUUGCCUCUCACCCUCCAGCACCUUGUAGCCUUCUGGGAGGACAUAUCCAUGGCUACCAUAAAAGCGGCUACACAAAAUAUGAUCUUCCCAAGUCCAGGGUCCAGUGCUAUCCUUAAAAAGAAGGAGAAUGAAAAGGACAGCAAGAAGACCAAGAAAGAGAAGAAGAAAAAGGAGAAAGCCGAGGUUCGCCCCAGGGGGAACCUCUUUGGGGAGAUGGCGCAGUUAGCUAUGGGAGGCCCAGAGAAGGAUACCAUCUGUGAGCUGUGUGGAGAGUCUCACCCAUAUCCUGUUACGUACCACAUGAGACAGGCCCACCCAGGCUGUGGUCGGUAUGCUGGAGGUCAGGGCUAUAACAGUAUUGGUCACUUUUGUGGAGGCUGGGCUGGUAACUGUGGAGAUGGUGGGAUUGGAGGAAGCACCUGGUACUUGGUGUGUGAUCGUUGUAGAGAAAAGUACCUGAGAGAAAAACAAACAGCUGCCAGAGAAAAGGUUAAGCAGUCAAGGAAAAAACCUCUCCAGGUGAAAACCCCACGGGCUCUGCCCACGAUGGAGGCCCACCAGGUGAUCCGUGCCAAUGCACUGUUCCUGCUGUCUCUGAGCAGCGCCGCUGAGCCAAGUCUACUUUGCCAUCACCCACCUAAACCCUUCCACGCACAUCUGCCCAGCCUCAAAGAGGGAGUGUCUGAGGAACUGCCCAACAAGAUGGGCUGCCUCUAUCUGCAAACCCUAGCCCGCCAACACACUGAGAACUUUGGGGCCUAUCAAGAUGAUAACUUGUUUCAGGAUGAGAUGCGUUACCUGCGUUCUACGUCAGUCCCUGCUCCCUAUAUUUCAGUCACUCCUGAUGCCUGCCCCAAUGUUUUUGAAGAGCCAGGAAGUAACAUGAAGUCCAUGCCCCCAAGUUUGGAGACAAGUCCAAUCACAGACAGUGACACAGCCAAGCGGACAGUAUUCCAGCGCUCAUAUUCAGUAGUGGCCUCCGAGUAUGAUAAGCAGCACUCAGCCUCCCCAGCACGGGUCAAGGCAGUGCCGAGACGCAGGGUACACAGCGGGGAUGCAGAAGUUGGGUCAUCACUACUUCGACACCCUUCUCCUGAGUUGUCUCGACUGAUCUCAGCCCAUGGCUCUCUCAGCAAGGGUGAAAGAAACUUCCAGUGGCCUGUGCUGGCAUUUGUUAUCCAGCAUCAUGACCUAGAGGGCCUGGAGGUGGCUAUGAAGCAUGCACUCCGCAAAUCAGCCUGCAGGGUGUUUGCCAUGGAGGCUUUUAAUUGGCUGCUGUGUAAUGUUACCCAGACCACCUCCCUCCAUGAUAUCCUGUGGCACUUUGUGGCGUCUCUGACUCCGUCUCCCUUUGAGACGGAAGAAGAGGAGGAUGAAGAGAACAAAGGGAACAAGGAGAACAUCGAGCAGGAGAAGGAUUUAGGUGUAUGUGAGCACCCCCUGUCUGACAUUCUCAUCGCAGGAGAGGCGGCUCACCCGCUGCCCCACACCUUCCACCGUCUGCUCCAGACCAUCUCUGACCUCAUGAUGUCACUUCCCAGCGGAAGCUCACUUCAGCAGAUGGCCCUCAGAUGCUGGAGUCUUAAAUUCAAACAAUCAGAUCAUCAGUUCCUGCACCAGAGUAACGUAUUUCACCACAUCAACAACAUCCUGUCCAAAUCAGAUGAUGGGGACAGUGAGGAGAGUUUUAACAUCAGCGUACAGUCGGGAUAUGAAGCGAUUAGUCAGGAACUUUGUGUGGUGACCUGUCUGAAAGAUCUGACCAGCGUGGUAGACAUUAAAACAUCCAGCCGACCGGCCAUGAUUGGCAGCCUGACUGAUGGCUCCACUGAGACGUUCUGGGAGUCUGGAGAUGAAGAUAAGAACAAAACAAAGAGCAUCACUAUCAGCUGUGUCAAAGGCAUCAAUGCGUCAUAUGUCUCGGUCCAUGUCGACAACUCUCGUGACAUUGGAAAUAAAGUCACUUCAAUGACAUUCCUUUGUGGGAAGGCUGUGGAAGAUCUCUGCAGAAUCAAACAGAUUGACUUAGACUCGAGGCACAUGGGCUGGGUGACCAGUGAGCUGCCUGGAGGAGACCACCACGUGAUCAAGAUCGAGCUUAAGGGUCCUGAGAACACGCUUAGGGUACGGCAGGUCAAAGUGCUUGGCUGGAAGGAGAGCGAGAGCAUCAAGAUUGCUGGGCAGAUAUCAGCCAGUGUAGCUCAGCAGAAGAACUGCGAGGCUGAGACACUGCGUGUCUUCCGCCUCAUUACAUCACAGGUGUUCGGAAAACUAAUUUGUGGGGAUGCAGAACCAACACCAGAACAAGAAGAGAAGAACUUGCUCUCCUCACCUGAGGGUGAAGACAAGGCUCCAUCUGAUGCAGACUUGAAGGAGCACAUGGUUGGCAUCAUUUUCAGCAGGAGCAAACUGACCAACCUUCAGAAACAGGUGUGCGCCCAUAUCGUCCAGGCCAUCCGUAUGGAGGCCACGCGAGUGCGGGAGGAAUGGGAGCACGCGAUUUCCAGCAAGGAGAACGCAAACUCUCAGCCCAGUGAUGACGACGCCUCCUCUGACGCUUACUGUUUUGAGCUGUUGUCUAUGGUGCUGGCCUUGAGUGGAUCUAAUGUUGGGCGGCAGUACCUGGCCCAGCAGCUCACCCUUCUGCAGGACCUCUUCUCUCUCCUUCACACCGCCUCGCCACGUGUCCAGAGACAGGUGACGUCACUUCUCAGACGCGUUCUUCCUGAGGUCACUCCCAUGCGCCUGGCCAGUGUCAUCGGCGUAAAGGCGCUGCCACCAGCAGACAUCAGUGACAUCAUCCACUCCACCGAGAAGAGCGACUGGACCAAACUGGGCAUUUUAGAUAUGUUUCUGGGCUGCAUCGCCAAGUCCCUCACUGUGCAACUCAAGGCGAAGGGCACCACUAUAGUUGGCACAGCUGGCAUGGCUGCAGGCAAAGGAGUCACUACAGUCACCCUACCCAUGAUCUUCAACUCAAGCUACAUACGGCGUGGAAUUAGUCACUGGUGGAUGAAGGGCUCCACUCCACCUCAGAUCGCUGAGAUUAUUAUUAAACUUGUCAAAGACAUGGCUGCUGGCCACCUCUCGGAUGCCUGGUCCAGGGUGACUAAGAAUGCUAUUGCUGAGACCAUCAUUGCGCUCACUAAGAUGGAAGAGGAGCAUCGCUGUCCAGUGCGCUGCAUCGCCACCACUCGGCUAUGGCUCGCAUUGGCCUCUCUGUGUGUGCUGGAUCAGGACCACGUGGACCGACUGUCCUCAGGACGCUGGAUGGGCAAAGACGGGCAGCAGAAGCAGAUGCCCAUGUGCGAUAACCAUGAUGACGGGGAGACGGCAGCCAUCAUUCUGUGUAAUGCUUGUGGAAACCUGUGCACCGACUGCGACCGCUUCCUCCAUCUCCACCGCCGCACACGGACCCACCAGAGACAGGUCUUUAAGGAGGAGGAAGAGGCCAUUAAGGUGGACCUACAUGAAGGCUGUGGUAGAACCAAACUCUUUUGGCUCAUGGCAUUGGCCGACUCUAAGACCAUGAAGGCCAUGGUGGAGUUCCGUGAGCACACAGGGAAACCAGCUUCCAGCAGUUCAGACGUUUGCCGCUUCUGUGGCACCAGGAACGGCACAGAGCUGUCUGCUGUAGGAAGUGUAUGUUCAGACCAAGACUGUCAGGAGUAUGCAAAGCUGGCCUGCAGUAAGACUCAUCCGUGCGGUCACCCGUGUGGAGGGGUCAAAAAUGAAGAGCUGUGUCUGCCCUGUUUACAUGGUUGUGACAAAACCACAGCCUGUCUGAAACAGGACGCUGAUGAUAUGUGUAUGAUUUGCUUCACUGAGGCUCUGUCUGCUGCCCCAGCCAUCCAGCUGGACUGCAGUCACGUGUUCCAUCUUCAGUGCACAAGAAGGGUUCUGGAGAACCGCUGGCUUGGGCCCAGGAUAACCUUUGGUUUCAUGUCUUGUCCUAUUUGCAAGAACAAAAUAAACCACUCUGUCCUGAAAGACCUGCUGGACCCCAUCAAAGAGCUGUAUGAGGAUGUGAGGAGAAAGGCUUUGAUGAGACUGGAGUAUGAAGGACUACACAAAAGUGAAGCCAUCACAAUGUCUGGAGCUCGAUUCUACAACAACCCCGCUGGAUUUGCCAUGAAUAGAUAUGCUUACUACGUCUGCUACAAGUGCAAAAAGGCCUAUUUUGGGGGAGAAGCUCGCUGUGAUGCCGAGGCAGGACAAGGCGACGAUUAUGAUCGUGAGCUCAUCUGUGGCGCUUGCUCAGAUGUGUCCAGAGCACAGAUGUGCUCUAAACACGGGACAGAUUUCCUGGAGUAUAAAUGUCGUUACUGUUGCUCUGUGGCUGUGUUCUUCUGCUUUGGGACGACGCAUUUUUGCAACGCCUGUCAUGAUGAUUUCCAGAGGAUGACCAGCGUCCCAAAAGAAGAGCUGCCUCAUUGUCCUGCUGGACCAAAAGGAAAACAGUUAGAAGGAAGCGAGUGUCCCCUGCAUGUGGUCCAUCCUCCCACCGGAGAGGAGUUCGCUCUGGGCUGCGGCGUGUGUAGAAAUGCCCAUACCUUCUAAACGCCAGGGUCCCGUAAUGAUCGCCCUCUAUAUAUAUAUUCACCCUCCCGUGGCGGCCAACUCCUGCUUCAGCGCAGCCUGAGAGCAGAUACACCGGACGUCCCAUUCUGAGGGGGCUGUGACGGACCGCUGUGCUCCAGGGUGCAUCCUCCCUCUCUUUAGAAGCAGAAGAUUGAAAAAAAGAACAAAAAAAAAUUACGUUGUGACGUGUUUGCAUGCAGCCGUUGUAACCCUGCGGCUUGUAUAAACGUUGCACACCUCCUGACCACUGAAGUGUAACAAUGUAUGGAGGAUUUUGGGAUCCGAGACCACGUGGAUGGGCCAUGAUUUCAGCUUCUCGAAUACAAAUUUAAGAUUCUAUUGUUGUAUGUAAACUGACUUUGUUUUCGUAAUCCUGUACAGUAUUCCUUCACUUUGGAGUGCAUCGUGGUUUGACGGCUAAAGAUUCAAAUGCUAUAAGAGGACUUUGGAAUGUGACGCUGGAGGAAAAUAGUGUACGAUUUAUCUAAUCUUGUAUAUAAUGACAGUAACCCUUCAUAUGUGUAUUCCGAUGUUGCUACUCUCUACACUUCAGUUUCGUUUGAUAUUCUGGGUUAUGUUUUGAGCCAGAACUUUUAAUGAAGUGCAAUACUGGGUGUGCCUCCUCGCAGAUGUAAACAAUAUGGAAUGUAUGUCAAUAAAGCCACUGUACAUUUUUAUACAGUGAUACACAA